AUGCCCGUCCAGGGGAGGCGCACCUCCUGCUACCACUGGUGCAGCGACUUCAUAUGCGCGCACGCCAUCUUCGCCGGCGGGUUCGUCACCGCGCCGGUGGCCGUGAUGCACCUCGUCAAGCGGCCCUACUCCGGCCACGCCAUCCUGUUCGCCGCCUUCGCCGCGUUCUGCACCACCCUCACCUUCCUCCUCUGCUGCAGCUUCUAUGCGGAGCUCAAGCGGCCGCCCUGGCCCCGGUGGCUGGCGCCCACGGAAGCGUCCACGGUGGAGCGCGAUCGUCGUCGUCAGCAGCACGGCCGCGAGUCGUCGCACGAGCAGCUCCGCCACCCCGAGCUGACGGUGAUGUCGCGUGACGACCUUCGGGCCGCUCUGGCCGCGAACCGCGUCCCGAGCUACGCCUACGAGCACCCGGAAGAGGGCGCCGCCGCUGAGUGCGCGGUGUGCCUCGGCGAGGUGGACAAGGGGGACUCUGUGCGACGGAUGCCGCUGUGCCUUCACGUGUUCCACACCGAGUGCAUCGACCAGUGGCUGCGCUCGCACGCGACGUGCCCGAUCUGCCGGUGCAGCGUGAUCCCUCCGCCUGAACGGCCACCGGAGGUGGUGCUGGACGUAGGGUCGUGA